AUGAGUUUUGAAAGAAUCUUCUCAUGGGGAGGCUUUGUUUCACGCUCCCGCAUACGUGCAUGAAGAUGCAUAUGUCUAGCUAUCUAUAGCUUCAUAGAGAGACCAAUAAUUAGUCUAGAGGAAUUGUUUUUCUUCCUUCCUCUCCUGCGGCUGCAGCAAAAAGCACAAGGGUGUGGGUCUGCGUGUGUGAAUGUGUGUGAUACGUGCCUAGCUGCCCUAUGCUCCAUAGCCGCCCCGCCUUCCGUUGUACUGUACACUGAAACACGUGCAAGGGGAGCCCGCCCAGGACGGCUGGAGAAAACAUCAGAAGGAGUCAAUCCCCGCACAAGGGGGCGGGUUGAACUGCAUGUGCUCCUGUUUGUGUACGUGCAGGAGCCGGUUUCCAGCAGAGAGGGAGGGGAGUUCAGGCUGGAGGUUCCCUUUUAGAGCUUGCACGGCGUCUGACUUGUGCUACAUGCACUAGACAGAAUCGGGGACAGGCGAGCUGGGCUUCUCCAUUCGCCGCACCGCAGCAGCCGUCCCAGAACAUUGGGAGUAAAUAGUCCUCUGCCGAAAAGAGACAAUGUGGAUGAUGCUGGAUUGCAGCUCAGAGCCUGACGGCUUGAGCCUCCUGCUUGAGGCGGGGGCUGGGGUGAAUGCACCUGCAGAUACCUUUGGUCAGUCCCCAGCUCACUUGGCUGCUUGUGGAGGACAAGCUUUUUUCCUACUCUGGCAACUGCAAACAGGAGCUAAUCUGAACCAACAGGAUUGCCAUGGAGAAGCUCCUAUUCAUAAGGCAGCUAAAGUUGGGAGCUUGGAGUGUCUUGCUCUACUCGUUGCCAGUGAUGCCAGAAUAGAUUUGUGCAAUAAUGAUGGACAAACAGCAGAAGAUCUUGCAUGGGCUUUUGGAUUUCUGGAAUGUGCCAAGUUCCUCACAACUGUUAAACACACUCAAAAUAUGAAGCUAAGAGAACAACCUAGCUACUCACUUAAGGACAAUUGUGGUUUGCCAAGAGAGGCUUCAGCUGGAAAGAAACGAGCAUGUGGAAUUAUGGGACCCGCAAACAGAAAGAGGAGGAGAUCAGAUGAUAUCACGUCUUAGACUGCAGGUGGGAAAACCUGUAACCCUGAAAAGAAUCUGAAAUCUUCAAAAACAACAUUAUUGGUCUAUGAACUAAGCAACCCACUAUUUGAUGUUCUGCUGUUUCCUUCUGAGAAGGAGGAAACCUUAAUUACUUUUGCUUCUUGAAGAAGACAUUUUUCUAGAAUACUUGUAUUCAUACAGCUCUCUGUGUGUUCAAUUGUAGACUAUGUAUAAUAGGGCAGUCUCUUCUCAGGUAAAUAGCAAAACCAAGUUGAUACUUAGCACAUACAGUGUUUCUCUCUGGCUCCAAAGUGCUGAGGAGAUUAACAUUUUGUUAAGUGACAUUCCCUGCCUAUCAUGUUGUUGUGUGAUAUUACUGGCUGCUGUCAAAUGGUUACCACACUUCACUAUAGAGGGGGCUCUAUGGAGCCCUAAGGAUUCUGCACAUCUUACUAACAAGAGCUGUCUACUUUUAUGAGCAAGAGUUGCUUACAUGAGUAAAUGUUAAAGGACCAGCCCCUAAAUUUGUAAAGCACUUCAGGAGCCUUCAGAAAGCAAAAAAACGUUAUAAAUAUUAAUUACCUUAAUCUAAGUUGUCAAAAUUACAAUAAACUCCUUUACCUAAACUUGUCUAUACAAGAAUGCAGUUGAAUGUGAUUUACUCUUCUUCCAUUUUUGAUGUUUAUUUAAAAAGACAUUUUAUACUUAAUUGCAGCAUAAAGAAUUCAACUAGCAUUUUUAUUUCAGCGACUUUUGACUAACAAAACACUGUUUAAAUUGAAAAUAAUUAAAAGUUUUCUAAAGCUUAUUCAUUUUAUUUUAAAUAAGACAGCUCUGUCUGUAUCAAGUCUUAAAUUCUGUAUUAACAUAAUUUUUUCAAUUGGAAUUUAAAUAGUUUUUGGUCGCUGAGGUAGGCAGAGAUUGUAGUAAGCAUCUUUGCUCCAAAAGUCUGGGCCCUUCCAUCCACACCAACCCUGUACAGGAAAAAGCAAAAUAAAGCCAUUUCUAAAACAGUUGUGUUUAGCAGAUUUGGUCCAUAAGUGCUGUCAUACGUUACAGUUUGUUAUUUUUAUUAUACAUAUACUGAAUUAACAGAACAGGUUCCAUUUUUUUGACUCAAAACAGCUAGAAAUUACCAUGCUGUUAAAAUUGAAGUCUAAUAGCAACAUUAUCUUCUGCCUUAUGUUUUGAAGGUAGUAAAGUCAUAUCAUAUACUAUUUUUAUUUUUAAUCACAUCAAUUAUUUUCAAUCAUAAAAAUACUUUUUACAAAAUAGUGCAUACACUUAGGGUGUGGUCUUGGUCUUUACAGCAUCCGAACUUAGACCCCCAUUCUGCAAACAUUUAUGCAUGUGCUUACAUUUAUUACAGUAAUAGUUUUAUUCAAAUCAGUGAGACUGGUCAGGUGCUUAAAGUUGAGUGCAUUUGUAAAUUUCUUCAGGAUUUAUAUUUAGAAAUUAACAAAUUAAGAGUAUGUGAAGUUUCAAUUAACUGUGGAGUUCUAUAAAUAUGACUAGACCAGUCUCAGGACUUGAAAAAUUACCAGAAACCUACCAUACUAAACUUGAGGCAGAUGCAAAAGUAAAGGGAGCUACCAGAAUAGUUCAAGGACAGUAUCUAACCUCAGCUACUGGGAAAGGAGAGCAUGCUGGAUGGAAUUCAUGCCAAAGUGCUUUCCCACCAUUCAAAAUCAGCCCCAGUUUAGUAGGUGUGAUAAAUCUGAAGCUGCCUUCCUCCUGCCUGGCUGUUAAGAAGGAGUUCUUUCUUCCCAAUCUCAGAGCCUACUGCUGCCAUGGUAUCUGUUAUUCUCCAACUCUGCCAUUCCUAGAGCUUCACAAUUUUUUAUUAUAAGAUAUCCCUCCUUUCUGAAUAGUUCAAAAUUUCUACCCCUCCUGCUGCUGACUUUUCUGGAGCAGCUGGCAUAAUGAAACUGAUACAAUUCAUUGUCCUCAAUUUCAUAUCUGCCUAUAGGAUAAACAGAACCUGACAAGCCUCAUUAAUUAUACUCUGCUACUGCUUAGCUUUACUAUGAGCAACAGCAGAGGAAAUGGAGCCAUCUGUCUGCAUAUUCAGGAAGAUGGAAUUGCAUGGUUUAUCUUCCAAACUAUAAAGACUAGACACACCCAAAUGUAUCCCCAAAAUUUGCAUGUAUUCCUUUGAAAGGGACCCUGAUAGCUUUUGUCUAUAUCACUAUAAAAGAUAUUUACCUAAUUUCAGGGAAACUCUCUCAAAUUUUUAUAUUAACACAUAUAUAACCAGAUAUAAGAAACUCUGUUCUAGACACAAGGUGGUGGCAUCAGGGAUAUUCAGUCCCGAGGCAAGUAGGGAGCAUUCCUUCUUACUGUGUUU